AGUACAGCGGGAAGAGCGUCUCCGUGGUGGCUCGGCCUUCUCUGCUCUGAGAAGAGGAAGCCGGAGGCUUCGUGAGCGGGAAGUGGUCCAGAAACUGCUCAGGUGUGGAUGUAGGUUGUUGAGCAACAGACAUUCCUGCCUUCUUGAUUCUUCACGAAGAAACAGUGUUGUGAUGCAUUAGGAUAAUCCAUUGCCCGUGAUGCUACAUCCCAUCCAGCUCUCUGCAGUGCAUCUGAGAAGCAGCAGACAACCCAAAUUCUUGAGUCCCUGCCACCAUGAGGGAGACUUGGAUGGAGUUCCAGAUCCGAGCUUUGAUCUGACCCAGUCCCAGCCAUUGUGACCAUUUGGCUUUCAGGUGAUUGACGAGGACAGAGUCCCUAAGCUGCGAAGAGACUGAAUUUUGGAAACUACGUCCAGAACUCCACAGUGCGUAUUCAGGUGCUCUUCCCUCAGGCCUGCAGGCGGACAGCGAGAGCAACAGUGAUGAUAGCAUUUGAAGACCUGGCUGUGUUCUUUACUUGGGAGGAAUGGCAGAACAUGAACCAAGCUCAGAAAAUCCUGUACAGGGAUGUGAUGCUAGAGACCUACAGCAGCCUGUUCUCCCUGGGGUACUGCAUGACCAAACCUGACUUGAUCUUCAAGUUGGAGCAAGGAGCAGAGCCCUGGAUGGGGGAAGAAUGCCUACAUCAGAGCCUUCCAGUUGCCAUGAAACUGGAUGAACUGAUUAAGACCAACCAGAAAAGUCUGGAGGAAAAUCUGAAUCAGGAUGUUAUGAAAAAUAAUAAGACAUUAACUUCCAAGGGAGUUGAAUUCAGAAAAACACUUAAUUUAAGUAUAAGCCAUAUUCCAAAACUGAGUAUCAAAAAGAGAAACUAUUCAGGAAUAAAACCUGAAGAAUGUAGUAUAUGUCAGAAUGUGUAUCCCCAUUGUGGGCCUGAUCAGCUACAAGCUGGAGAGAAGUUUGAUGCUACUACGGUACCUGGGAACACUCUCCAGUUCUGUGAGCCUCUUAAUGAACAGCACAAAAUUCAGACCAUGGAGCAGGCACUUGAACAAAUUGGACAAGGGAAAGUCUUCAAAAGGAAGAAUAUAUUCUAUGAAUCUGAGAAGCUUUUUAUGGUAGAAACCUGUAAUAAGCCAACUGCCACUAUUGGCAAGACAACCCAAAUACUACAAGAUUUCCAUAAAAAGUCUAACCUCAGUAUACAUCAACAAAGUCCCAAAAGAGAGAACGUUUAUAAGUAUAUUGGGCCUGUGGAACCUGUCAUUUACCAAUCACAUGUUAGAAUGAAUCAUAGACCAAAUAUAGAGAAGAAAUCCUAUGCAUGUAAAACUUGUGGGAAGUCAUUCACUAAUAAAUUCUGCCAUCCCCUCCAUCACAGCACUCAUAUAGUGGAAAACCCUCAUGUGUGUAAUGAUUGUAGAGAAACCACUCACCAGAAGUCAGGUGUCAUUAGACAUCAGAGAAUUCACACAGGGUUGAAAUCUUAUAAAUGUAAUGACUGUGGGAAGUUCUUUGACCAGAAGAAAUACCUCAUAAAUCAUCAGAGAAUUCACACAGGGAAGAAACCUUAUGAAUGCAAUGACUGUGGAAAAGCCUUUGGCCACAAGUCAAACCUCAUAAAUCAUCAGAGAAUUCACACAGGGGAUAAGCCUUAUAAAUGCAGUGACUGCGGAAAAGCCUUUGGCCGGAAGUCAAGCCUCAGAAUGCAUCAGAGAAUUCACACAGGGGAGAAACCUUAUGAAUGCAGUGACUGUGGAAAAACCUUUGGCCAGAAGUCAAGCCUCAGAAAGCAUCAGAGAAUUCACACAGAGGAUAAGCCUUAUGAAUGCAAUGACUGUGGAAAAGCCUUUGGCCGGAAGCCACACCUCAUAAAUCAUCAGAGAAUUCAUACAGGGGAUAAGCCUUAUGAAUGCAAUGACUGUGGAAAAACCUUUGGCUGGAAGUCAAACCUCAUAAAUCAUCAGAGAAGUCACACAGGGGAGAAGCCUUAUGAAUGCAAUGACUGUGGAAAAGCCUUUGGCCAGAAGUCACACCUCAGAAAGCAUCAGAGAAGUCACACAGGGGAGAAGCCUUAUGAAUGCAAUGACUGUGGAAAAACCUUUGGCCAGAAGAAAUACCUCGUAAAUCAUCAGAGAAUUCACACAGGGGAGAAACCUUAUGAAUGCAAUGACUGUGGAAAAGCCUUUGGCCGGAAGUCAAGCCUCAGAAAGCAUCAGAGAAUUCACACAGGGGAUACGCCUUAUGAGUGCAGUGACUGUGGGAAAACCUUUGGCCAGAAGUCACACUUCAUAAAUCAUCAGAGAAGUCACAGAGGGGAUAAGCCUUAUGAAUGCAAUGACUGUGGAAAAGCCUUUGGCCAGAAGCCAAACCUCAUAAAUCAUCAGAGAAGUCACACAGGGGAUAAGCCUUAUGAAUGCAAUGACUGUGGAAAAGCCUUUGGCCACAAGUCAAACCUCAGAAAGCAUCAGAGAAGUCACACAGGGGAGAAGCCUUAUGAAUGCAAUGACUGUGGAAAAACCUUUGGCCAGAAGUCAUACCUCGUAAGUCAUCAGAGAAUUCACACAGGGGAGAAACCUUAUGAAUGCAAUGACUGUGGAAAAGCCUUUGGCCAGAAGUCAAGCCUCACAAAGCAUCAGAGAAUUCACACAGGGGAGAAACCUUAUGAAUGCAAUGACUGUGGAAAAACCUUUGGCCAGAAGUCAUACCUCGUAAGUCAUCAGAGAAUUCACACAGGGGAGAAGCCUUAUGAAUGCAAUGACUGUGGGAAAAUCUUUGGCCAGAAGUCAAACCUCAGAACGCAUCAGAGAAUUCACACCAUGGAGAAAGCUUAUAAAUGAAAUGACUGUGGAAAAGCCUUUGGUCCCAUCCUUGCAUACCGAGGAUAAAUCCCACUUGGUCUGGGUGGAUGAUCUUUCUGAUGCAUUGUUAGAUUAAAUUGGCCAGAAUUUUGUUGCGGAUCUUUGCAUGUAUGUUCAUCAGGGAAAUUGGUCUAUAAUUACUUUCUCUGUUGUAGUUUUUUCAGGUUUAGGAAUGAAGGUAAUGCUGGCUUCAUAGAAAGAAUUUGGGAGAAUCACCUCUCUCUCAAUUGUUUUGAAUAACUUCAGAAGAAUUGAAGUUAGUUCUUCUUUAAAUGUCUGUCAGAAUUCAACAGUGAAGCCAUCCAAUCCUGGGAUUUUCUUUGUGGCAAGGGUCUUUAUUACUGAUAUCAUUUCCAUCUGGUUGUGGGUGUGUUUAGUUUUCCUAUAUCUGUGUUGCUCAAUUUACGUAGGUUUUAUGGAUGUCAGGAUGGUGGAAAGCCUUUUUGCUGUAAUUCAUAACUCAUAAGAUAUCCGAGAAUUCACACAGGGAAUUUUCUAUAUGACCUUUUUGUACAAGUUAUAUCUCAUGAAAUAUUAGAGAAUUCACCAAGGGGAGAAAUGCAUGAAUGUAAUAAAUGUGAAUAAGCCUUUGUGGUGCAAAUCAGACCUCAUCAAACAUAAAAGAAUUCUCAUGGGGAGAAAUUUUAUGAAUGUAAUGACUCAGAGCCUUUUACCAUAAUUCAGCCCUCACUGUACAUCAUCAAAUUCAUAUAGGGAAAAACCCCUUUGAAAGAAAAAUCCCUUUAAUUAGAAGCCAUACCUCAUAAGACAACAGGGAAUUCACAUGGGAGAGAAACAUUAUGGGUGUAAUGAGUGUUGGAAAGCUCCUUAUAUCAGAAUGCACAACAUAUAUAUCUAAUGAAUGAAAUACAUGUGAGAAAGCCAUUUCACAUAAGUAAUGCCUCAUAAUCCAUCAUGGAGUUUGAACAAGGGAGAGACCUUAACAAUAUAAUGAAGGUGGAAGAGCUUUUCCCCAAAAUUCAUGUACGUAUUGUGAUAAAACCUUUUGCUGGAAAUCACAUCCUAUCUAACAGACUCAUGUAAUGGAGAAAGCUUAUAAAUAUUAUUAGUGUGAAAAGAUUGUCAGAAGUCAAUGGUACAUCAGAGAAUUGACACAGGUGGUUUCUUAGGAGUAUAAUGAUUGUGUAAAAACAUUUUCUUUAUUUCAGGCUUGUAUAGAUAUAGAAUUCCCAAAAGGUAAUAUUCUUUGCAUGCUGUGAAUUUGAUAAAACUGUUAGCCAGAAAUUAGACAUCAACAGACUUCAGAGGAUUCAUAAGGAACAAAAUUCCAUGCAAUGACUUUGGAAAAAUAUUUCUGCUAUAAAUCAGUCUUCAAUUCCCAUGAACAGACUCACAAAUGAGAAAACAUGCAUGCAUAGAAAAGUUUUGUACCAUAAAUUAUCUCUAGAUGGUAAACUAAUAAUUCACACAAAAGAAAAAUCAUGAGUGUAAUGAAUUGGGAAACCCUUUGCUGUAAGGCAGAUUUCAGGAAGCUUAGCAAGAUUACAGAAAAGUCUCUGAAAAUGUAACAUGUCUGAAAGAAUUGUUGGCAUCACAGAGUGGAGGAUAGCUCAAGUGCAUGUGUUUUUGUGACCUGUCAUCCAAAUUGGUAUCUCUUUUUCUUUGAUGAAUUCCUUGUUUAUUUAUUUAACAGAUUUAGAGACAAAGUAUUCCUGUCCAUUGAUUUACUAUCAUAUGCCCACAAUUGCCAUGGUAAGGUCUAUGGCAAAAUCUGAGUGCUGAGGGCUGUGAAUCUGAUUCAUCACGGAUAAUGCUGAAGACAUUGGUUCCUGGUUUUUACACCGCUAUGCAUGGAAAUGUUUUUCUAAUUUCUUUUUCAAAGAGUUCAUUGUUAAUAUAAAGAAAUGCUUCUGAUUUUUAAAAUUUUAUUUAAAUAAUUUGUGAUCAGUGUGUACUAGUCAGACAUUUUUACAGGGUGUAGUGCAGUAUUUGUACACAUUUACACAGUAGAAACUGAUCAAGCUAAGCAACUACAGUUUUAUCAAUUUGUUUAAAGAUUUAUUUAUUUGAAAGACAGAGUUACAGAGAGAAGUAGCAGCAGAGAGAGGGAGAGGUCUUCCUCUGCUGGUUCACUCCCCAGAUGGCUGCAAUGGCCGGAGCUGUGCCAAUCUGAUGCCAGGAACCAGGAGCUUCUUCCAGAUCUCCCACUUGGGUUCAGGGACCCAAGGACUUGGGCCAUCUUCUACUGCUUUCCCAGGCCAUAGCAGAGAGUUGGAUUGGAAGAGGAGCAGCCAGGACUAGAACUGGUGCCCACAUGGGAUGCUGGUGCUUCAGGCCAGGGUGUUAGCCCACUGUGCCACAAUGCUGGCCCCCAAGCAACUACAGUUUAAUUCUUCUCCAUGAUUUGAGACUACCAGCUCCUCUCUUCCAGUUCUUUACACAGAACCUAAUAUGGUUGAAUGUAGUCAUCUCAUUAUAUUAUGGAACACCAGAAGUUCCUUCUGCCUCUUUGUAUUUUGUUACCUAUUAUCCAAUCCCAUUCUAUCUCUAGCUGCUUCCCUUCUCAGCCUCUAAUAAUCACAGUUCUGUGUUCAGAUCCAUUAUUUUCUUUCACUUCCACAUGUGACAAGGACUAUGUGACAUUUGUGUUCCUGUUUCUGGCUUAUUUCAAUUAAUUUAAUAAUAUUUUGUUCUUUUUUGUAUCUAAAUGAUAUUCCCCUGUCCAUUUUUUUCAUUGAUGGACAGCUAGAUUGGUUUCAAAUCAUGGCUGCAGUGAACUGUGUUAUGGGAAAAUUGCUGUAUCUUUGAUAUACUCUUCUCAUUUCCUUCUAAUAAAAUUUCCUUCUUAUAUAUAGCCAAGAGCAAGAUAACUGUCAAACAGUACGUCAAUUUUUAUCUUUAUUUUAAAUUUUUGUUAUUUAUUUGAAAGAGUUACAGACAGAGGUAGAGACACAGAGAGGUCCUCCAUUAGCUGGUUCACUCUACAGAUGACUACAAAGGCUGGAGCUGUGCCAUUCUGAAGCCUGGAAACAGGAGCUUCCUCUGGGUCUCCCACAUGGGUGGAUGGGCCCAAGGACUUGGGCCAUCUUCUUCUGCUAUCCCAGGACAUAGCAGAGAGCUGGAUUGGAAGAAGAGCAGCUGGAACUAGAACUGGCACCCAAAUGGGAUGCUGGCCCUUCAGGCCAGGGUUUUAACCCACUGCACCACAGUGCUGGCCCAAAUUUUUAUCUUUUUUAAGGAGUGACCAUACUGUUCUCCAUAACAACUGUACUAAUUUGUAUUUUCACCCACCAUAUAUGAAGGUUUUCUUUUCCCAUAUGCUCUCUAGCAUCUGUUAUUUUUUAUCAUUUUGGCAUAAAGGUGAUAUAAUAUUGUUCAUGUUUUUGUGUAUUUUGAAAUCAGUUAUUUUGUUUAUUAAAUAUUUGUUUAUUUGAAAGGUGGAUUUAGAGAGAGAGAGGGAUAGACAGAGAUAGCUUUCAUCUGCUGGCUCACACCCCAGAGAGUUUCAGUAGUUGAGCCUGGGGCAUGCUGAAGUCAAGAGCUUCAUCCAAGUCUCCCACGUGAGUGGCAGGGACCCAAGUCCUUCGUCCAUCUUCUGCUGGUUUCCCAGGUGCUUUAGCAGUGAGCUAAAUUGGAAGUGGAGAAUCCUGAACUCAAAGUGAAACUCACAUGAUAUGCUGGCCUCACAGAUUGCAGCUUACCCCACUUAGCCACAAUGUCAGCCUCUCUAUCAAUUUAAUUCCUCAAAAAUAGGUCAGUAAUGUUGGCAUCUAUCUCAUUUUGUUUUCUCUCUGUUAUUAUUCAACUUAUUGAUGUCUUAUUUUUGUUCCCAUUAUUCCUCUCAAUUGCUCUUCCCGUGGUCAGUAGCAGCUGCUGUGUUGCUUAAAUGCAGUGUAUGCUUUAGAUUCCUCAUUUACUGAGUGCAUGUCAUUCUCAUAGCACUUCCCUGAAGUUCUACUAUGUCCCAAAUCCUCUUUGAGGCACAGAAUUCAGACCACUUUUCUGUUAGGCCUAGAUCUUGCCUUUAACAUACUACUUGGAAUUUAGUAGCUCAUGAAAUCUGCAGACUGCAUAAAUGAAUGAAUAUUUUGAGGGCUGUGAUUUUGUGGGGAAACUUCAUAAGAGACCGAAGGAAUAAAAUAAAUCAAAAGUAUCCAUAGUAUAUAAAAUGUAUACUAUUUUACAAGUCACAGAGAAGAGGAAGAAGAAGGAAAGUAGUGAGACUAGAAAGUUUGUGGCAAGACUAACAGGCACUGGUUGAGAACUUAAUAAGCCCGUUAGGAAAGCAGUAAGGUUUCUCUAUCUCCCUGUAGACUCUGCUCUCCAGAGGUGAACAGGGUCCUCUAAACCCACUUGCUGCACACACAAAAACCUGAGCGUUGUAUUCUCCCACAGAUGUUGGAGACUGAUAUUGUGUUCUGAUUUAUAUUUACAUAAUGGCCAGUGACAUUGGGCAUAGUCACAUGUUUUGACCAUUUACGUUUCUUCUGAGAAAUGUCUAUUCAGAUCCUUGCCUGUUUCUUCACUGUAGUUUUUGGAGUUUUUCCAAUAUAUAUAUAAGUUCUGGAAAUCUGUAAACAUUCAGAGUUUAAAUUUUUCCUGCCAUUCUGUUCACUGUAUCUACACUCUGAUGUUUACUUUGUUUUGAAGAAGUAUCUUAGUUUGAUAUACUCAAGUGUCUGUUUUUAUUUUUGUUACUAUUGCUAUUGGAAUCUUACCCAAAACUAUUGUCUGUUGACAAUAUUUAGAGUUUCCCUAUGUUUACUUAGGUUUUGGUCUUAUGAUUAGAUUUUUAGUUCACUGUGUGUUCACUUUCACAUAGUGUGGAGUCACAUAGUUGGAGUCUAUUUUCAGGCUUCUACAUAUGGAUAAUCAGGUUCCUCUGCACCACUUGUGAAAGAGAUUCUUCUUUCUCCAGUUCAUUUUAGUUCCUUUGUUAAAUAUGAGUUGCCAGUAGAAAUUUGGGUUAUUUCUGUGCUACCUAUUCUUUUCCAUUGAACUAUGUGUCUGUUAUUAUGUCAGUGCUAACACUUCUUCUUUUUGUUUUUUACAGUUUAUUUAUUUAUUUGAAAGGCAGAGUUACAGAGAAGUAGAGGCAGAGAGAGAGAGGUCUUCCACCCACUGGUUUACUCCCCAAAUGGCCACAAUGGCCGGAGCUGUGUUGAUCUGAAUCCAAGUGUUAGGAGCUUCUUCCAGGUCUCUAUGCAGGUUCAGGGGCCCAAAGACUUUGGCCAUUUUCUACUUUUUUCUCAGGCUAUAACAGAAGGGGUGUAAGAAGUGGAGCAGCUGGAAAACAUACUGGCAUCCGUAUGAGAUGGUGGCACUGCAGACGGUGACUUUACCUGCUUUGUCAUAGUGCUGACCCCUGUAAUAUGUCUUAAAAUAUGGUAUGAUGUCUCCAGCUUUUUUUGUUUUAUAAUAUUGCUUUAGAUGUUAAGCAUCUCUCAUGUUUCUAUAUGAAUUUUAGCAUCAUUUUUUCUAGCUCUGAGAAGAAUAUCGUUGGUAUGUUGAUUGGGAUUGCAUUGAAUCUGUAAAUUGCUUUUGGUAGUAUGGACAUUUUGAUAUUAUUCUUCCCAUUCACAAACAUAAGUUUUCUGUGAGACUGUCAAAAAGCCUUGACAAAAAUUGGA